AUGAAAAUAACAAUCACAGAUUUGAAAAAUUUAUGUAAAUUUAGUUUAGCUAGUGGUAAUGCAGUUAUUCCUUUUAUUUCAUAUAUGUAUUUAGGGAAUGAUAACUUAUUCUCGUUAAAAUCAUUUUCAGUAUUCUCAGGAUCCCUUUUCAUGGUUUUUAGAUAUUUUAUUAUGAAUAGGCUAUGGCAAGUUAAGCAUUCAAUUAAGUGAUUGAAUGGAAGUAAGAUAAAAUAAUGACACGUACUUGUAAUCGUCCAAUUCCAAUUCAAAGACUAACUCGCAUGUAAGGAGGAUUGAUAGGAUUUGCAUUCUAUACAGUUUCUAAUGUCCUGAUGUAUAAUGUAUAUUUAUUAGUGAUUUAGUAUUUGCCAAUCAAUGCUUUAGUGAUUAACAAUUUAAUUUUCUUCUCUUAUUUAGGAAUCUAUACAACUUUGAAAACAAGAUCUCCUAUCAAUACUUUAAUAGGUGCAGUAAUUGGAGCUCUUCCAGUAGUAUUAGGAGCUGCCUGUGUUAAUUAUGAUAGUUUGUAUAAUUUAGGAAUGUGGGGAAAUUUUGGUUUCAUGUUUUCAUGGUAAAUCAAUCAUUUCUAUGGAAUCUAUUGGAAAUAUCAAAAGGAUUAUUUAAGAGCUGGAUUUAAAAUGAUUAAUGAUAGUACUGUUGCAAGUAGACAUAUGAAAAUAUGUUUGGCAAUUAAUGGAUUUAGUUGGUUAGGAACUGCAUCAUAACAUUCUUAGCCUGAAUUAAAAUUUAUCAGUUGUAUCUCAGGAUUAUUAUCAUUAUAUUUUUGGAAUUAUAGAGCAAUCAAAUUAUUUGAAAGUGAUCCCUCCAAGAAUGUAUGAAAAACUAACUUAUUUGUUAGGCAAACUAUCUUAAAAAAGCAUCCUACAACUUUUUCUUGGUCUACUAUGCUUUAUUAUUAUUAGAUAUAGGAAUCAAAAGAAAUUAAGAAAAAUUAAAUCAUUGA